CUCUCUCUCUCAACUGAGUUUUUUGAGCUAAUCAAUCAGAUGCUCAACUGAACUAAUGGAACUGACAUCGACUCAUGGACACCAAACUCUGUAAUACGCCAAUCCUUCUUCGAACAACAACUACACAAAACCCAAUGCUUCUUUCCAUGGUUGCUUCAACGUAGCAAUCAGCGUAGCUAACCAUUCCAAACCCAUCUUCCCAACUCAAAUUCACUUGCCUCUCCACUGACCCAAUCACCACCUACCGCCACCGCCACCGCCACCGCCACCGCCACCGCCGAUUCUCUCUCCACCCAAGAAGUGGAAGAGCACCACCAGCACAACGUCAGACGUUUUGCGUUUGAUGGAUGGACUCGGCCUUCCCAUACCCAUAGACAUCUACACAUCUCUCCUCAAAGAAUGCAUCACCAUCCGGGACCCCGCCGGAGCUCUUGAUUUGAUUGCCCACAUCAACCGGAGCGGUCUCCGACCUGGGUUGCUGUUCUUUAACCGAAUCCUGUUGAUUUACGUCUCGUGUGGCCUCGUCGACAAUGCCCGGCAUGUGUUCGAUAAAAUGCCCACAAAGGAUUGUAAUUCGUGGGCGGCAAUGAUUGCCGGUUAUAUGGACAAUGAUAAUUACGAAGAAGCUAUAAAUUUGUUCGUAGAAAUGCGAUGCAGUCUCCGAUACCGUCAAAUCAAUGUUGAUAUACUUGGUUUCCCCGAAUCUUGGAUCAUAGUGUGCAUUUUAAAGGCGUGUGUUCAGACAAUGAAUUUGGGACUUGGGAGACAAAUUCAUGGUUGGUUAUCGAAGAUUGUUUAUUCCCAGGACUUGUUUUUAAGUAGCUCGUUGAUUAACUUGUAUGGAAAAUUCGGAUGUCUUGAAGGGGUGGACUCAGUUUUUGAUCAUAUGGGUUGUCAAAACACUGUGGUUUGGACGGGUAAAAUUGUUAGUAAGUGUAGAGAAGAGCAAUUUGAUGAGGUUCUUAAUGUGUUUAAGGAGAUGGGAAGGGGAGGAGUGAAGAAGAACAGUUUCACGUUUUCUAGUGUUCUGAGAGCCUGUGGGAGGAUGAAGGAUGAUGGGCUUUGUGGCCGGCAGGUGCAUGCCAAUGCAAUCAAACUAGGAUUGGAAUCAAAUGAUUUCGUGCAGUGUGGGUUGGUUGACAUGUAUGCGAAAUGUGGAUUGCUAAAGCAUGCAAGAAUGGUGUUUGAGAUGGAUGCAGAGGAGAGAAAUGCUGCGUGUAGGAAUGCCAUGCUCAUGGGUUACAUACAGCACGGAUGUUGCAUUGAGGCCAUCAAGAUUGUUUACGCAAUGAAGUCAUCUGGCUUGCAACCUCAGUAAUCAUUGCUCAAUGAAGUCAGGUGUACUUGUGGGAGUAGAUUUCUUGAGAACUAGAAGGAUGGAAAUGUGUACAUGAAUUGAUUAACAGCUCGUUACUUGCAUAUAGUUCUCAUCUUUGUACAUGAAUUCCACAAAAUGUGUAGAUGGUAAAACUUUUUUCCUUGCUCCUGCUCACACCGGGACAGACUUCAAGAAAUCAGCACGCAAAUACAGUGAAAUUUUCAUGCUCUGAUUUCAUAAUUCGAUUUUUGGUCUGGACUUGGGAAACACUGAUACAUUACAAUAUUUGAUUGUUUGGGUAAACAUGAAAAUUAUUCAGUAGUACCACUGGCGUGUGUUAAAGUACACAAAUGUUCAGAUCAGCUCCAUCCAUCCCGUGAAUACUGCUCUUAUUGCGGUGGAAGCACUUCCUGCACAAGAUUAUCCUUUAUGCGAUAUAUAUAGCUGCUGGGUUGACAAAUACUUGAUCCUGCGGAGAGAUUGUGAAGGAGUUGCCAAUGCCAGUCUUUAGAAGUUGUCAUGUUAUAUGCAUUUGCGAGAUCACAUUGCUUUUAAGUCGGUACCAUUUCAUGUUAUGCAAACUUUUGAAUCACUCGCCA